CCCGCAUACACUACAUUCGUGAAAAAAUGGCAGCUGACGAUUAGGGAGAAGUGUGUGGAUCUUCACUCGGAAAAACACGGCACUUAACAAAACUACACCGGCACAGAAGCAUACCUGGUCACCAUUGGUCGUUGUCGUGGAAGUGUCACCAUUGGUCAUCAGUCACCAUGGGAAAAACUCCGCUAAAAGAUCAGAAAGACAGCAAAAAAGAGAAACCAGGAAGAAUGGUUCCACUAACAGGUACACCCCCUACAACAACUAAAGAUGCUUUCAGCUGGGACGACUAUCUGAAAGAAACGUCUUCUACACCGGCUCCACCGGGAUGUUUUCGUCAGGCUCGAGUCCCACCCUCCAAUGACUUCAAAGUGGGAAUGAAGCUUGAAGCGCACGAUCCACGUAACUCCACCUCAGUUUGUAUCGCAACCGUGAUGGGUUUAACCGGAGUUCGUCUGCGUCUCCGUCUGGAUGGAAGUGACAACAGCAACGACUUCUGGAGGCUGGUAGACUCCUCUGAUAUCCAGCCAAUUGGCACCUGUGAGAAGAAUGGAGACAUGCUGCAGCCACCACUGGGAUUUCGGAUGAACGCCUCCUCAUGGCCCAUGUUUCUGUUGAGAACCCUAAAUGGAGCCGAGAUGGCGCCGAGCACAGCCUUUAAAAAGGAGCCUCCUCGGCCCUCCCAGAACAACUUUAAGCCAGGCAUGAAGCUGGAGGCUGUGGACAAGAAGAACCCUUACCUCAUCUGCCCUGCCACCAUCGGGGAAGUGAAGGGCGAUGAGGUCUUCAUCAUGUUCGACGGGUGGCGGGGUGCCUUUGAUUACUGGUGCAAGUUUGACUCCCGGGACAUCUUCCCUGUGGGCUGGUGCUCCCUCACUAAGCACAGCCUCCAGCCACCAGGCAACAGUGUUACCCUUCCAAAGAACCUGCAGAUUCUCCCUGCGUCUCCCUCCAAGCCCAGCAGGCGCUCCAUGCAGUCCCCGUACAGACUACCCAACCCUCUGCCCCCUUUGCCUGUCAGGAAGGGGGUAAGAGGUCGUCGGCCCAAGAGUGAGACCAUCGCUCUGCUCAAAGCCGUAGCAGAAGCAGCUGCUGCCCAAAACGGAACAGUACCUGAGAACACACAGCUCGUACCCCGGCCCCACAAGAAGAGAGGCCCCAAGCCUGGAAGCAAGAGGAAGUCCAAGAUUCUCCAAAACCCAGCACAGUUACCCAGCAUCCAGGUUCCACAGGAGAGCCCUCCCAGCCUCAACUCUGUGGUUUCAACAGUGUGUGUCUAUGUGAACAAGCAUGGAAACUGUGGUCCCCACCUGGACAGGAAGCAGAUGCAGCAUCUGCCAGACCACUUUGGCCCGGGGCCAGUGAACGCUGUGCUCCAGCAGGUGGUCCAGUCAUGUAUAGAUUGUGCAUACCAGCCUAAAGUCCUGCUCAGUGCUUUGCAGACUCACUCAGGAGGAGGGGAGGUGGUCAGAGUGAGAACAGAUGGUGGAGUUCGUGUGGUCAAACUACCGUCAGCCUCCAGUGCUUCCUUUGUGCUGCGGUUCUUGGAGACGAUGUGUCGUCACCUGCAAUGUGACAACCUGUUCAGCAGCCAGCCGUUCAGCCACUACACUGCUUAUGACAGGACCAAGUCCGUGAAAGAGGAGGCAUUGGACGCUCCAUCUCUGGCUCGGGGGAGUAAACGGAGUCUCUCUGGAGUCUCCCCACCGUAUGCAGCCCCUCUGUCACCUAAACAUUUACGUACAGAAGCUCACCCUUCAGAAGCAGAGACUCUGCCCCAUGAAGAGAAUGGCCUAAUAAAGGAGCAGCGCUACAUGGACUCAGCCUCCAACUCCAUGAACCCUCGACCCCAAACAGUGCGCAGUACCUCUGAGUACCACUCUCAGGCCAGCAGCCUCUACCAUCCCGGCAACGGUACAGCCAUGCGCCGCCACUCCUCCAACCCCGCAGAGCUCAGCUCCUCACAGCCUCUCAGACGAGUAGAAGCAGCCAGCUCCACCACAGGGCCUGAAGCACUGGGGUCUGAGCGGGAGAGUCAGCAGCUGCCCAGUAAAAACCCCUCCUCCUGGUCCAUUGAAGAGGUGAUGCAGUUUGUGAGGGAUGCUGACCCCACAGCGUUAGCUCCACAUGCUGAACUGUUUAGAAAACAUGAGAUCGAUGGAAAAGCUCUGAUGCUGCUACGGAGCGACAUGAUCAUGAAGUACAUGGGUCUGAAACUGGGUCCUGCACUGAAGUUAUGCCAUCACAUAGAGAGGCUGAAACAAGGCAAAGUGUAAGAGGAG